UCAGUUCAUCAUACAAUUUUAUAUCGAUGUUCAUUUAAUCUCAACUGCGUGUCGACACUUCUUUUUAUUUAAUUUAAUUUUGAACUGUAAAACAACGCUGUGCGUUUUAGCUUCAUUGUGCGGACAGAGAACAGGAAUAAUAAAUAUCAAACAUGAGUACGGCAAAUGAACAGCCACCGCGCUUUGAUAGCGCCCAGGAAGAUGCACCGCAAGCAGCUUCUAACAACACAUCACAACAACAACAACAACAGCAGCAGGAACAGCAACAACAACACCAGCAGACACAAAAUGCACCGGCUAAGCUUUUACAGCAUUUCCAAACGAAUCGCAUCGACUCGGCGCUGUGGGCGCUUCGCCUGGUCGUCAUUUUCUUCACCAUCAGCUAUGUGUUGCCCAUUUUCACCUCACAGCAGAGCUCCUUCAACAAGGUACUGCUGGCAAAUGCGGCAAUUUCAGCGCUCCGUUUGCAUCAACGAGUUCCGGCCUUCUCCUUUAGUCGCGAAUUUCUGGCACGUCUGUUUGCCGAAGACUCGUGUCAUUACAUGAUGUACUCGCUGAUCUUCUUUAGCAUUCGUCCCACGCUGCUGGUGCUGAUCCCCGUUGUGCUCUACUCUGUGCUGCAUGCGUCCAGCUAUUCGCUCAAAUUAUUGGAUCUGAUUGGCCAAAACUCUUGGUGGGGUGCACGUUUCAUAAUCUCGAUUGUGGAGUUCCAGGCAGCUAAUAUACUGAAGGCCACCGCUUUCUGCGAGAUCUUCAUUAUGCCCUACGCUAUUGUAUUGACCUUUAUGAGUCAUGCUGGUCUGAUGACACCCAUCAUCUACUAUCACUAUCUGGUCAUGCGCUAUAGCUCGCGUCGCAAUCCCUAUCCACGCACCGCUUUUGCCGAGCUGCGCAUCACCUUUGAAGCGUUGGCCUCCCGCUCCCCGCCCGCAAUUGGCAAAGUCAUUCGCGGUGGCAUUAGCUUCGUGAAUCGUCUGGCACCACAGCCACAGCCGGCGCCAACGCAGUAAAGUAACAAACAACACACAUCAACUACAAUCAAGUGACAACAUAUAAGAACAGCAUUACAAGCUAAAUAAAAAAACAACAAACACACACACACAUAUAUACUCAAAUUUAAAUGAGUUUAGGGUCCACACAUUUUUAGCUGUAACCCAAAUCAAAUUUGUAACAUUUUGAGUCCGUGUUUAAGAUAAAUUUAUUGGUUUAUACUGUAUGUUAAUGCAUAUAUAUAUCUUCUACUAUAACUAUUCUCAAUGAGUUUUGUUUCAUUGUUCUUCUUUGAGCGUUAAGUUAAAUUAUAAUCAUUUGAUUGAAAACUAUUCCAUAACUUGUACUUUCUUUUGCACCAAUUUCAAAUUUAACACUUGUAUUAUUAUCGUUAAUGUAGACAGUUUAAUAUAUAUGUCAUUGUUGCAUAUUUUUUUUAUUUUAAAUUGAACAAAUCUUGUAGAGAUUAAGAGCAGAAGAAGAAGACACAUUGAUUGCAUAGACAAAGUGCAAAAGUAUUCAUAUUCAUUGAUGAUGGCCACAGAUGAGUUACAUAUUUAUACGACAACAUCAAUAUAUAUUUUCUUUACAUUACAUUACACACACAAUGUAAGAAAAGAACAAGUAAAAUUUAAUAAAAUUGUUUAUGUUGGGAUGUAA